GGACCGCCGAUAAAAGAAGAAUCGCGUAUUAAGUGCUAAUCGGUGAGAGAGCAGGGUCGUGAAGAGCGCGAAGCUGCGAAAAAGAAGCGAUAUUCAGUUUUGGAGGAUUUUUCGCCUAGUGUUUUUGGUUCUGGAUUUGGAAUUUAUCCUGGUUAAUCGUAGAGGACAUUGUUCUAUUGGCAACGAGCAUACCCAGUGCAGGCGUAAUAACUAUCGAUGGUUGUUAAAAGAAUGGGUAAUGUUUAACAAUCGGUGCGUUAAAGGCAAAGAAAAUCGAGAAAAAAAAACUCUAGAAUAGGUAAGCGUGUGUGUGCAACAAUAGACAAAAAGCUCUUGCUUGAGAAUGGAAGACAUUUUUCCGUCUGUGUGUCGAUGUGCAGUAUAUUGUGUCUUUAAAAGGACAUUGUUGAAAUAACUUGCCCACCGUCGUUGAUGUGGAUUAGGUUAGGUUGGACUCCGGACAGAUUUCUGAUACAGAGAAAAUAUAACAGGUCCCGCCCUUAUUAUCGAGUAUUGUGUAAUAGUUUCACUUUCGUUAAAAGAUUGUGUGUGAAAUUGCUCCCGAACUUGGUCAAUUAGCAGAUGAGCUAAAUGUGAUGUACCUCCUAAUCCAAUGUCGGCGAUAAGCGGUUUGCUUGAUGGUGGUAUGCACCAUUUACCUAAAUUUGUAGUUUGACAGAUAUGUGCACUAUUAAAAGUUAAGCAUUAUGAGAGUAAUAUGUUUGGUACUUGCUGGAACGGCCAGCUCCCCAACAGUGGGUUUUACAGAACGUAACUAAUGUCGACGAAGGACUAUCAUUCGUGAAGAGCAAAAACUACAGUUGUCAGCUGAUUCAGCCCCGCAAAAAGCAAUGCAAUCGAUUUAGAGUAAGGGACUAACCAUCUCAGCAGCAAGUAUAAGAUCACAUUCCCUCAGUGGAAAGGUUACACGGUAGAUCCAGACAAUAUUAAGAGCUGAACAAUUUCAUCAACCUACUGGUAGUUUGGCUGCUGAGCCUAAAGCUACCAUUUCACGGGGCUCGAAAUCGAUUUGGGCCAAACUAUCAGGCUUGUCCUUAAUCGGAUGCUGUUAUAUUUAUAGUUUUAAAAGGAAUAUUUAUUUAUUUAUUUUCUAUUUAUUCGCCCAAACCCCUGUUCAACUCCUUAUUGGUUAAGUGAGGCAGUAUGCUCCGAAAAUAUUCCGCUUGCGAGGCACAAAAAUAGCAGACCCGAAGAACGGCUCAGGUAUCGAGUAACUAAACUGGCGAAUAUAGUCGCAAUCGGAGCUCUUCCGAACAACAAGCAGAAGACUUAAUGUCUGGCAAGAAAAUGCAUCCGCCCGUCGUGUUACAUUCGACCGGGCAGACCAGUGUCAAGGGCAAUCUGUUAUCCGCUGUUUCUGCCACCGGUGCCAAGUCAGUCACGGCUAAGGACCGCCAGAAUGCGGAAAACAUCGUUCCGUCCCAGAAUGGAAACUCCGGAAAGGAAGAAACCCUACCACAAACGAAUGGCCCCGGAAGUGGAACCGUGAGUUGCACCAAGAAAUGUAACAGUAAAACAAUCACGGUCGCUCCGACGAAUGUUUCCAAGAUUCAACAGACUACGGUCGGUCCGUCGGCGAUUUCUUCACUGAACAGUAUCAACCGACGGAAGAGUCAUCGGAUCCACUCUCCAAAUCGGAAACGCCAAGAACAGCAGAAUAUAUUCAACAGUUUGAAGGCUUGGAACGUCAAGAUUGCCCCUAGUUCUCAGGCUCCAGUUAAGAGCGAGUUUGGUGCACGAGGUACUUGCGACGCCCCUUCAAAGAAUGCUGGCAAAGAAAUUGCCAAAGCUAACAGCGAAAGCAGCAGUACUGCUUCUACAAGUGCUCCAAGCAAUGUUAGCAGCAAUACUAGCGAUAACAGUACCAUUAAUAGUUGUAGUAUUAGUACUAGUAGUAACAGUGGUAAGCAUGGCAAGAAGAAUGAAUAUCCGUUAAUGAUUGCGGCGGCGGCCGCCCUCACCACCGCAGUGCUUCCGAAAGAGACUGAAUCGGCACCGGUAAUGGAAGCACAAAACUCGAGAAAAGUAGCUACUACGGUAGCGACCAACGAGUCUAACCAAAGCAGCAGCACUACUACCGUCGGUGAGCAGCAGAACGAAGCACCGAGAAUUAAGUCACCGUCACCGUCGGUUGCGACCGUCGGUGGAGGGGAAACUAGGUCUACCGGAGGACCACUCAAUGCCGUUAAAAGCAACAAAAAGUUGCUGAACGCUGGCGGAGGCUUUAGUUCGAAUCAUCGCCACCCGACAGCGGCAGCCCAUUCACCACCGCUCUCAUCGUCCAUGGGAACGAUGGUUCCGCCAUCCUUGGGUACAUCGUCAUCAUCAGUAUCAUCAGCAAUGGUCACCUCGCAACCAUUAUCCACGGUUCCAGUGGUGGCAUCAUCCGCAUCCAGUACGUUGUCAACCUCGGUGACCUCGGUGACCAAGCAUAACGGUAACGGAGGCACCAGAACUUCCUCAAAUGCCAAUGCCGGCAAAGUGUUGCUUCCUCAUGUCAAUCCCUUGGUCGGUACCCCGUUGGAUCCGAUUGCCCUGUUGCAGGGCAAGUUGAGGAAUCCGAUGAAGCUGGAAAAUUUUAUCACAUCACCACCGACACAUCACAUCUCCCAUAAUCAUUCCGCGCUUCCGCAUCAUCAGCUGCAUGGUUCAGCUCAGUAUGGGCAGCAACAGCAGCAGCAGCAGCAACAACAACAACAACAGCAACAGCAGCAGAUACCUCCCACAACGCCUCCGCAUUACAGUUUGGAUUUUUUGCAUUACGUUGGCAUGCGAAUGUCCACCACUACCGGAACUAGUCAAUCAGGAAAUCCAUCCUCAACAGCAACUGCAUCCGCCAUUUUUCGUGGAAGUCCGCAUUUUAAUUAUACCAAUUUCAACCAACAGUUGCACCAACCGCAGCAAAUAAUUCAUCAGCAGUUACAGCAGCAACCCCGUCAACAUCUUCAGAAGCACUUCCAUAACUACUACGAUGACAUGCUGGUUCAAACGGCCAACGGUGGUGGUGAUUCUGCGUAUACUAGUUUCGGCAUUCCGGAUCAUUUAGGAAGUAGUACAAAUGGUGGCACUACAAACGGUGGCACCUCAAGCGAUACGGGAUUAGCCUAUUGUUAUUCGCAAAAUCAUCAACAUCAUCUACAUCAUAAUCAUCCGACUCAGCAACAGCCGCAGCAGCAGCAUCAGCACCAGCAUCAGCCGAACUACUGUCAGGGCGAUCAUCAGAAUCAUCACCAUAACAAUAAUUACCAGCACCAUAAUCGAAACUACGGUCGAGGUGGACAUUCCGCGCAACAGCAUGGAGGAAGCGGAAACCCUCCUCCCAUGGGUAAACGAUCCUGGAACAACAAUUGGCACAGCGGUAAAAAGGUGAACAUGAUGCAUGGCAAGUACGGGAACAGAAACUCCGGUUUUAAUCAUGGCUACCGAAAGAGCUAUCACUACUACAGCAAUCACCACAACAAUGGACACCAGCAGCAGUACGAUCAUCAUCAAGGUCACCAACAGGAGCACGUACGAAAUUUGGUUUAUAUUAGGGGGUACGAUAGGGGUUACAGUGUUCCGGGUAGUCAGCAUAGUGUGAGUCGAUCACCCACACCGAGUCCCCAGUCGGAAAGUCCGGCCAUUGAUACGAGAGAACCGGCAGAAGUGGAAAACACGCUUACUUCGCAUCAGGACGAAAAAUCGGACAGUGGUAUCGAGGAGAUUGUGAGGAAUCUUAAAAAAUGUACGGUCCCUAGUUCAUCGUCGUCUUCGUCAUCGAUGGCUUCUAUUCCGUCGACUGAUUCAUCCGCCGUUUCCUCAUCGGUUUCGCAAAAUCUUAGUCUGGAGCUAAACUGCGGAACAGGACCCGGCUAUGAGUCUGACUCGUCACAUUCCUCCAGUUACAAAAGUCACACGUAUCGUCACCGCAAGUACACCAACGGUGGUCAGGUUUAUCGGUCUUCCUCGUCCACUUCCUCAGGUGUUUCGUCGUCGGCAGCGUUCCCCCCAAUCAGCACAUCAACGGCAACAACUCCGCAGGUGGCAGAUUUUUUCCUACGUAGUCAAAGCUAUCACGGGUCUCAUCAAAACUUGGGAACCGUCAGUGGUGGCACCAGUCCGAAUCCACCCGGCUCACCCGUUGGUACGGCUCGGUCUCUCAUCGGGACCCAGUCUAUGCCAAUGUUUAGCGAGUUAUUUACCGGAACUCAGCUUAUUCAGCACCAGCAACAGCAGCAGCAGCAGCAGCAACAACAACAUCAACCGCAAUCUCAUCCGGGCCAUCAACCACACCAGAAUGGGCUUUACGGAAGUAAUAGUUCAUUGGAACUGUCACUGCAUACCGGGACUGGAAGCUCGUCCGCCAAUUCCAACGUAAGCAACUGUAGCACCGCUAGCAACGGUAGCAGUAGUGGUUACAGCAGCGCCCCACCGUCCACGGUGCCGCCCAACGAGAUCUACUCGAUGCAGAGCGGACAUCCGAAAAGACGCUAUUCCGGUCGAUCAUCCCCGGUGUCGUUUACUGCUCCAAGCAAACCGAGUCGACCGUCAUCGAGCACGACGAAUGCAUCCACCGAGACCAGUUAUCCGCCGUCUCAGCAGCAGCAGCAACAGAAGCAAGCCCAAACUCAAACUCAGUCUCAACCACUGAGUCCGUCGGUGCCAGCGGCAACGUCAACGUCGACGUCGUCAUCAUCGUCGUCUUCAUCCACAUCUUUAACGCUCAAUCGGAAAAGUACCCCGGUCUGGAGUCAACAUAGGCCCCUCACGGUACCGGUAUCUACAGCGACUACGGCUUCGGCCAGUGCAGCAGUUUCACAACCGCCACCAGCAUCGUUACCACCGCCGCCACUACCACUGAGUGAGGGUAGCAGCAAUUUUCAUACACCUGCCGAUCGAUUCCUGGCACGAUCUCACCUUGUAGAGUUAGUUGCGCCACCAGAGGAUCUGGCGCCUCCCGGUAGUAAGUGGGCUCCACUGUCGACUGCCAUUUGGAAAAAGUUUGCCGGUGCUCAGCAAACGCAGCAUAAGUUUGUGCAGAAAAUCCAUCUCUGGAGGUAUCUGUUCAUGUGCAUCCGGAAAGCCUUUCCUCGGUUCAGUCUGUAUCUGGUAGGCAGUACAAUUUCCGGAUUUGCUUGUGACAGCUCCGACGUGGAUAUGUGUUUGGUCUGCCGGUCUAAUACCGUGCCAUUUGAUAUGCGAGGAGAAGCUCUCUUCCAGCUGGGACAGUUGAAAAAUUACUUCAUGAACAUCAGUACCUACUUCGAGGAGUUCAGUGUCAUUCAGGCCAAGGUUCCAAUAUUACGAUUUCGAGAUACGACGAAUUCGAUCGUUGUCGAUUUGAAUUACAACAACAGCGUCGGCAUUCGAAAUACUCAUUUGUUGUAUUGUUAUUCGCAGAUGGACUGGCGUGUCCGCCCGUUGACGCUGGUCGUCAAAAUGUGGGCUCAACAUCACAACAUCAACGAUGCAAAGAACAUGACAAUCUCGAGCUACUCGCUGGUACUGAUGGUGAUUCACUUUCUUCAGUAUGGGGUCAGUCCUCCGAUCCUGCCGUGCCUGCAUGCGAUGCACCCGGAUAAAUUUGUGGUUUGCGAAUCUUUACAGCGAAUGUCGGACUUCAGCAACCUGGAUCUGACGGAAACGGUGGAACCAUACAAGAAUGAUAAUUCACAGUCCUUGGGAGAACUGUUCCUGCAGUUUCUGGAGUACUAUGCCAAUUUCGACUACACGCAUUACGCCAUAUCGGUCCGGACGGCAUCAGUUAUUCCGAUCGAAAGUGCUCGUGUGGCACGCAGUUACAAGAACGAUCCCCACCACUGGCGUCAGCUGUGCAUAGAAGAGCCGUUCGAUUUGACCAACACGGCACGGUCGGUGUUCGAUGCGGAGAUUUUCGAACAAAUCAAGUCCGUUUUCUCCACCUGCUGGCGACGACUGAAGGAUACCAAUGAUCUCAAUGCGAUCUUCGAGUGCGAACCGCUGUUCAUACCGGUGGCUUCCGCCCUAUCGCUCACAUCAUGAUCACUGUCCCGGGAGAUACCGUUGCUCGAAUCGGUUGCAGUCUGUGCUGGUUAACUGGUUUUCCUGUGUUUGCCGGGCAUCUGGAGGUGAGCUUCAAAAGACUGACUUUACUAUUAGAGUUUAGAGAGGCACGUUCAAAGAGUGGUGAUGUGUGAUGGCCCUAACCUGCCGAAGUGGACGCAAUUUGUAACGAACCAUCAGCACAGCGGUGUACUCACACACUCACACAUUCACACACAUAUCAGGCACAGCAGCCGAUUUCUUCACCACUUGUCAAAUGACGAAAGCUCUACGAGCUGGCACGUACUUUAGCUGCAAGCAAACGAAACUAAAAAAGGCAUUAAAACCAGUCAAGUAUGGUCGAAUGUGUUCAUUUUACCGCCAGUCAAGUUGUGUGCGUGUGACCGAGCGUUUGUGUGAGUUCGAGAUUUUAAGUCAGUAGAUUUGUAAGGCAGGUUACCUCUCGAUUGGGGAACAACUUCCCAUCGUGAGUUCUAUCAUGAAAUGAUCUCGUUAUUAGUUAUUACGUUUUUUUUUUCUUGUGCCAUCGGUUUUUCGUUAUCUUCUUGUACAUUUACACUCGCAUACGCAUACGCCUAGAUACGUGGAAAGUUAUUUUACUAUAGGAGAAAGAAGCACAGAUGCUCAAUGUGAGGGGACCAACAAAGGAAACGUAAUACUCGAAAACUGCUUAGAACGAAUCUCUCCCCCGCAUAGCAGCCAGUAAUUAUCAACAGUUCGGUUAAACAUUCAUCAUAUUUUGCUCUAGUAUUAGCUCCCUUGAUCUUGGUAGUUGUAAAUGAAAUACUCUUUCUAGCUUUAUACUCAAAAGCAAGGACUAAAGAGGAAACUGAAAGAUCCUAAAGUAACAUAUAUAUAGAAACUAACCGUCGAAAUGUAGAUCAAACGGAUAGAGAGGUACAUGCGAUACUGAGAUACAAUAAUCUAAGAGCGAAAACAAAGACAAAGUUUGCAAACACGAAAUGAAUACACUAUCGGAGGUUCAUUUUUAAAACAAAAAAGAUUUAUAUUAGAGAUGAAAAAACACGGCUGUGAAAAAUUAAGAAGUUAAAUUAUUAUUACAAAGAGUGAAGCAAAACUUACGGAAUACUAAUUAAAGGUAUAUUUUUAGAUUUAAUUUAUAUGAAGAAGUGAAGACGAAGAGAAAGGAAGCGGUCGAGUAUAAGGAAGCGUAGCAGAGGUGUAAAGAGAAAAGGAAAAGAAAAACAACUAAAAAGUAUUAAAAAUACCGCAAAAGUCAAAUAACAAAAAAAAACAAACAAAAAAAUUAAAAAAAAUGUUGAACGAACGACGCUAGGAAAUCGAGAAGCAGGAUUGAAUUAUGUUGAAGUUGGCGGAUGCUUGAAGACAGUACACAUUUCAUUCGCAUUAACUAGUACAAUACAGAAUCGAUUUCAAAGUCGGAUUUCCUAACGAAACGGUUCGUUCGGCGUCAAAAAAAAAAAAAAAAAAGAUAAAGGAACAAAAAGCAAAAAAAAAAGUCAAGAAAAGAAAGAUGCGUUUUGUUUGAAGAGGUGAAUUCUAUCUCAAAUUUUGUAUAUCCCUUUAAAACUAUAGAAGUGGAGAACGUAGGCAAGGAUGGGUUAGGAGCGUGAGGAUGGAAAACUAGAAGGAAACUUUUGAAUAUCCACUCCGGGCGGAAAAUUGGUUCAGCUGGUUUCAGCUCAAUUCCUCUAAGUUAGAAGAGAAACCAAGAAAAAAAAAUAUGCUUCAGUAAAAUUUGCCAAUUUUUCCGUUUGCCCUAUUGUGCCGUAGUUAUAGUUAUAGAAACAGGAUGAUCCUGGAAAAAGGUUAAAAAGUUUUGUGAAAAAAAAGUUUAAAAGUGUAACCAAAAAAGCGAAAAGUGUUUUUUGAUUUGCAUUUUCCAAAAAAAAAAUGACACAACUUUCGUUUCGGAGUGAUUGUGGUUCCUCUCUAGGUUUCCUAUCGUAGCACUUGCUCACACGUGGAGUUAAUGUUGACGCAAAGCUUGAUUAAAUGCGCCCAACAAAUAGCAAAGAAUAUCAUUUUGCUGUAACGCGGAGGCUAUGGCUAUUUUCGGCGCUAUAAAAUGCCAGUAAGUAUACAGCAAAAUCCACCCAAAUCGAAUGUGAAGUUCAGAACGUAGUAGAUAUAGUAGAACCAUGUAAAACUGUGAAUAAGAUUUAAAAAACGAAAAGGAAUCCGUUUUAAACGAGGCGUAUUUUAUGAAGGUAAAAACUUUAAAAAAUCAAUAAAAAGCUAUAAAAAAGUA